CUUCCGGUCGGGACGCGGGUGGCGGCGGCGGCGGCCGAGACGGUGAAGCGAGUUCUCUUUGACGGCCGUUACUCUCCCGGGGAGUUCGCCAGCCUCUUCUCUCCCUUUCCCAGGCGCCCUCGAGAGGCUGCCUGGAGUAUGACACAUGGUCAGAUCCCACCUGCUCAUUGGCCAUGAAGGAGACAGACCGGGAGGCGGUGGCAACAGCAGUCCAGAGGGUUGCUGGGAUGCUCCAGCGCCCAGAUCAACUAGAUAAGGUAGAGCAGUAUCGCCGAAGGGAAGCUCGGAAGAAGGCCUCUGUGGAAGCCAGACUGAAGGCUGCAAUCCAGUCACAGCUGGAUGGAGUGCGUACAGGCCUAAGCCAGCUCCACAAUGCACUUAAUGAUGUCAAAGACAUCCAACAGUCACUGGCUGAUGUCAGUAAGGACUGGAGGCAGAGCAUCAAUACCAUUGAGAGUCUUAAGGAUGUGAAAGAUGCGGUGGUACAGCACAGCCAGCUGGCCGCAGCCGUGGAGAACCUCAAGAACAUCUUCUCAGUGCCUGAGAUUGUACGGGAGACCCAGGACCUGAUUGAGCAAGGGGCUCUGCUGCAAGCCCACCGGAAGCUGAUGGACCUGGAGUGCUCUCGGGAUGGGCUGAUGUGUGAGCAGUACCGCAUGGACAGUGGGAACACGCGGGACAUGACCCUCAUCCACGGCUACUUCGGCAGCACACAGGGGCUCUCUGAUGAGCUGGCCAAGCAACUGUGGAUGGUGCUGCAGAGGUCCCUGGUCACUGUCCGCAGGGAUCCCACCUUGCUGGUCUCAGUGGUCAGGAUCAUUGAAAGGGAGGAAAAAAUUGACAGGCGUAUACUUGACCGAAAAAAACAAACUGGUUUUGUUCCUCCUGGGAGGCCCAAAAAUUGGAAAGAGAAAAUGUUUGCCAUCUUGGACAGAACUGUGACAACUAGAAUUGAGGGCACACAGGCAGAUACCAGGGAGUCUGACAAGAUGUGGCUUGUGCGCCACCUGGAAAUCAUAAGGAAGUAUGUCCUGGAUGACCUCAUCGUUGCCAAAAACCUGAUGGUUCAGUGCUUCCCUCCACAUUAUGAGAUCUUUAAAAACCUCCUGCGUAUGUACCACCAGGCCCUGAGCACAAGAAUGCAGGACCUAGCAUCAGAAGACCUAGAGGCCAAUGAGAUCGUAAGCCUGCUGACGUGGGUCUUGAACACCUACAAAAGUGUGGAGAUGAUGGGGAACAUGGAACUGGCUCCAGAAGUAGACGUCAAUGCCCUGGAGCCUCUGCUCUCUCCAGAUGUGGUCUCUCAACUGCUCGACACGUACAUGUCCACGCUCACUUCCAACAUCAUUGCCUGGUUGCGGAAAGCACUGGAAACAGACAAAAAGGAUUGGAGCAAAGACACAGAGCCUGAAGCUGACCAGGACGGGUACUACCAGACAACGCUGCCUGCCAUUGUCUUCCAGAUGUUUGAGCAGAAUCUUCAAGUUGCUUCUCAGAUAAGUGAAGAAUUGAAAACAAAGGUGCUGGUUUUGUGUCUUCAGCAAAUGAAUUCUUUUCUAAGUAGGUACAGAGACGAGGCCCAGCUAUACAAAGAGGAGCACCUGCGGAACCGGCAGCACCCACACUGUUACGUGCAGUACAUGAUCGCCAUCAUCAACAACUGCCAGACCUUUAAAGAAUCAAUCGUCAGUUUGAAGAAGAAGUACUUAAAAAAUGAAGCAGAGGAGGGCGUGUGUCUGAGCCAACCAAGUAUGGAUGGGAUUCUGGAUGCUAUUGCCAAGGAAGGCUGCAGCAGCUUGCUAGAGGAGGUCUUCUUGGACCUGGAGCAACAUCUGAAUGAACUGAUGACAAAGAAGUGGCUGGUAGGCUCAAACGCUGUGGACACCAUCUGUGUCACUGUGGAAGACUAUUUCAAUGAUUUUGCCAAAAUUAAAAGGCCAUAUAAAAAGAGGAUGACGGCCGAGGCACACCGGCGCGUGGUAGUGGAGUACCUGCGGGCUGUCAUGCAGAAGCGCAUCUCUUUCCGGAGCCCUGAGGAGCGCAAGGAGGGUGCUGAGAAGAUGGUCCGGGAGGCCGAGCAGCUGUGCUUCCUGUUCCGGAAGCUAGCGUCUGGCUUUGGCGAAGACGUGGAUGCUUACUGUGACACCAUUAUUGCUGUGGCAGAGGUUAUUAAGCUAACAGACCCUUCCCUGCUCUACCUGGAGUUCUCAACUCUGGUCACCAAGUAUCCAGACAUCAGGGAGGACCACAUUGGUGCACUGCUGGCCAUGCGUGGGGAUGCCAGCCGGGACAUGAAGCAGACCAUCAUUGAGUCGCUAGAACAGGGCUCUACGCAGGCAAACCCCAACUACGUGCCCCUCUUCAGGGAGAUUGUUGUGCCCAGUCUGAAUGUGGCAAAGCUCCUCAAGUAACUGGCCAUCUGCUUGUGCGUGUCUGAGGCAUCGUGUCCCUACUUCCAGAAGCAUAUUAAAGCGAAUGUCCCCUCCAGGGCCACCGCUGGUGGUCUUAGCUACAAUGUGCCGAUCUCAGAUGCCCAAGUGUAUGGGGGUGAGGGCUGUGGGGUGGCUCCUGGAUGUCUGGGUCUGUGGGUUUUUCCUCCCUGAUGUAAAUGUGCUUUGUGAAGAUGUCUUUGUGUAAAGCCUCUUGGUCACUUGU